AUGGCCCAUGACUUUUGGAAGCUACGGCUGUUUGCUAGCUCCCUCACCAAAAUGGCGUUCACAUGGUAUUCCCACUUAUCGCCGAACUCGAUCGGCGCAUGGAAAGACAUGGAAAUGAAGUUCCAUGAAGAGUUCUACAGAGCACCACCCGAUGUCACCUUGGCCGAUUUAGCAAGAAUCUCCCAGUUGCCAAGAAUGAACUUCGCUAUGAGGGAACAUUUUGAGGGUCACCGCUUCAGAGAUUUGUUCGAACUCACCAACAGGGUUACGAGCUAUGAGCGAUUACUUCAAGAGAAGGAACAGAGGCGAGUUUCCUCCAAGGGCACGUAUUAUCGUGAUCAGUUAGACGUCGCAGUCAUUACAGACAGCGAAGACGACUCAUCAGAUGAUGAAGUAUGUAUGGCCGAAUUCUUAGGUAAAAAACCGGCGGAGUGUGCAGCUUUGAGAAAACCGGGAUAUGUGAAAAAUAAUAAAGUAUCGGUCAUCCAGAAGGACUACUCAUUUGAUUUGAAAAAGGCCGACGACAUCUUCGAUGCUCUAUUGAAAGAUGGGCAGAUUUCUCUGUCUGAAGGUCACGUCAUACCUUCCAGCAAAGAACUGGCUGGCAAAGAUUAUUGCAACUUUUACAACUCUUGGAGACACAGCACUAAUAAUUGCGUGGUGUUCCAAAACGUGGUACAAAAGGCGAUUACUGAAGGAAAGUUGCUAUUUCCUGCCAGAAAGGAGGCCGACGCUAACUACAUAGCCAUUAAUACGAUUCGGCCCAACUUAGACCAAGUACUGGGUAUCAGGAAAGUGCUGGAAAAGUGGAGUGCUACGAAGCCACGACAAAGGGUGGUCAUGAGUAAUACGGUUAAGAAACAUCAGAAAACCAAGCUGACGAAGCCGGAGCCGAUUUACAAGCAUUGUCAGCAUUGCCAACAGCGCCCUCAGAUUUAG